UCUUUCCCCUCCGCUGUUCGGCCUGUACAUGAGCGGAUCAACCAGAGAGCCUCAGACGCAGUGGAUACAGAGGGUCUCAUGGAGCUUGUCAAAGCGGCAGUGUUUUAUUUGUAUUUUCCUUCACAAUGCACUUUAGGAUUUCAAUAAGAUGUAUGUGUGUUUUGAGAUAGUGACUUUUCUUCUCGCGUUCAACUUCUACGAUUUGGUUCUUACUCAGGAUUCCUCCUGCUGCCACCAUGCUGAGGAGCUCUCACCAUGUAGGGAAGCAUGCGAUCAGCUUGCCACCAUAAAAAGUGAAUCCCGUUUGAAGCACCUACUACAGCGAUUACCAAGCUACUGCCCUGAGUCUAUGAAUGAGCUUUGGAUCUGCAUCAACUCCACACUACCUGGGUCGUCCAGGAAGUCCGAUGGUUGGGUUGGACUGGGCUGCUGUGAGCUGGCCAUCUCGGCCGAGUGCCGCAGGGAGUGCAAGCAGGCAUCAUCCAGGACUGACAUCACAAGAGGAUGCAAAAAAGAAACAGAGAAACCACUGUACAGCUGUAUCACCAGAAAUGAAAUGGGUUCGGUGUGCUGCAGCUAUGCAGGGAGACACACCAACUGCAGAGAGUACUGCCAGGCCAUCUUCCGGACAGACUCCUCCCCCACCGUCUCGCAAAUCAAGGCCGUCAAGGAAUACUGCCAGAGCAUCAGCCCCGAGCUCAUUGGCUGUGUGGGCAACUACACCAUGUCCUACCCAAUCAGGAGCCCCAUAGACAGCCUGUACUGCUGCGACCGGGCCGAUGAGCCCCACUGCCAGGUGGCAUGCCGGCGCAUCCUGCGCACCAUGACCACAGAGCACGAGAUUAUGGAGGGCCUGAUCGAUGAGUGUGGCAGCCAGCCACUGCCCCAGGACCCGCUGUGGCAGUGCUUCCUGGGCAGCGCUCACCCCCCCACCAAAAGGGAGACGGAGACCUCACCUACCGCCAAGAUGGACGGCGCCAAGCUGCACUGCUGCUCCAAAGCCAAUACCUCACUGUGCCGGGAUAUGUGUCAGGAGAUCAGCACCAACUGGGGAACUCAGACGUGGCAGGAGUUUGACCAGAUGUGUGAGUACAGCCCUGUGGAGAAGCCCCUGGUCAGCUGUCUGGCCGACGUCAGGGAACCCUGCCAGCUGGGCUGCAAGGACCUGGCCUACUGCACCAACUUCAACAACAGACCCACAGAGCUGUUCCAUAGCUGUAACGUCCAAUCAGACCAGGGCGCCAUGAAUGACAUCAAGCUGUGGUCCAAUGGGACAAUCAAGAUGCCCUUUAUGAAUAUCCCCGUCCUGGACAUCAGGAAGUGUCGUCCGGAGAUGUGGAAGGCUGUGACCUGCGCCCUGCAGAUCAAACCCUGCUACAGCAAGUCCCGCGGCAGCGUCAUCUGCAAGUCGGACUGUGUGGACAUCCUGACACAGUGUGGCGACCACAAACGCUUCCACGAGGGACAGACGGCCGAGCGCAUCUGUGAGAUUCUGUCACCCAUAGACGACCCUGAACGCUGUAUUCCCCUGGAGAGAUACCUCACUCCCAGCGGCCUGGGUAAUAUGACUGAGGAGGUCAUCCACCCGUGUAACCCCAACCCCUGUCCCAGCAACCACCUGUGUGAGGUGAACAGGAAGGGCUGCCAGCCGGGACAGGAAUGCCUGCCUUACUUCUGUGUGCCUGGCUGUAAACUGGGUGAGGCCUCAGAGUUCCUGGUCCAUCUGGAUGCCCGUGUCCAGGUGCCCAUGCGUAACGGCCAGGCGGGCUGCUUCGAGGUGUGCACCUGCGGACAGAGUGGCAGGCUGGAGAACUGUGCCGAGAUGCCCUGCAUCGACACCUCCAAGACCUGCGUUGUUGGGGGCCACAGAAAAAACCACGGCGUGUCAUUCAGAGUGGACUGCAACCCAUGCUCCUGCUUCGCUGGAGAAACCAUCUGCUCCACCCGCCAGUGUCUGAGGGCCGACAGUUCAGACGAGGACCGCCGCCUCUUCACAGGGCUCCCGUGUGGCUGCCCUGACCGUUUUGUGCCGGUGUGCGCCCGUAACGGCCGCAGCUACCCCAGUGCCUGUGUGGCCCGCUGCAUGGGCUUCAAAGACAACCAGUUUGUGUUUGGCCACUGCCGCAGCAGUGACCCCUGCUCCCCUAGCCCCUGCCAGAGGAAACAGAGGUGUAUCCCCAACCGUAGAGUGUGCCUUACGGACAUGGCUGACUACCCCUGUCCUCAGUUUGAGUGUGUGAGUCGCCCCUCGGGUUGUGACAAGAGCCACGUGGACCCAGCCUGCGACACCGACAACGUGGAACAUCCCAACCUCUGUCAGCUCCUCCUGAUGGGCGAGACCCUGGCCUAUAUGGGUCACUGUCAGGACGCCUGUAAAAGGCUGCGGCCUGUGUGCGGCCACAAUGGCGAAACGUACAACACGGUGUGCGAGGCCUAUGCGGACCGCGUUGCCGUGGACUACCAGGGGCGAUGCCAUGCCGUCGGGGCGGUAGCAGAGUUUGCCUCUGACUCAGGCUCAGGCUGUGACAUGAUAUCCUGCCCCGCCCUGACCAUCCCGGGAUGCAUCCCUGUCACACCACCCGGUGCCUGCUGUCCUCUGUGUGCGGGCAUGCUGCAGAUCCUGUGGAACAAGGAGCAGAUGAAAGUCUUCGCUGAGUUGAACAGGAAGCAGCCAGUGACGGUCCAUGACAUCUUGAGGAUCCUGCGUCUCCACAUCUCCGUGCCGCAGUGUGACAUCUUCGGCUACCUGAGCAUCGACUCAGAGAUCAUCAUCCUCAUCGUCCCCGUGGACCAGCAGCCAACCCCGCUGCAGAUUGAAGCCUGCAGUAUGGAGGCGGAAAAGAUAGACUCGCUCAUCAACUACGGCAGCCCCACCCUGGUCUCCCAUGUGCCCCUGUCUGCCUUCCUCACCUCCGAGGUCUUCAUCUCCACCAUCAGGUCCACGGGACACGCCAGCUCCAUGCCCUCCUCCCUGCCCAUCUUCCUCUGCCUCGCCUUGGGCCUCCUCCUCACUCUAGCCCCAGGCCUAGCCGAGGCCUAGCUAGUCUCCAAUAGCCAGCCAGGCCCUGCUAGCACGAAGCCGGGUGUGUUGUGGAGUAUUCUAAGUGACCCUCUCCCAGGUCAUUGCAUGACAGGAAGCAUCAGCCUGUAAAAGCCUUUGACAAUCAAUCCUAUUAACUCUACUGCACAAGCGUCAAUCAUGGACGAGAAGCUAUGAGAUUAAUCCUAAUCGAUGAUCCACAGAUUAAUCCACAGAAUUCUAUAUAUCGUUAGAUUAGUUUUUAUCACACAGUGUUUUGUAUCCAUUCCAUUCUGCUAGAGCAGCUCUCUCCUCUAAAGCUGUGGAGGUGUGUGUGUGUGUGUGUGUGUGUGUGUGUGUGUGUGUGUGUGUGUGUGUGUGUGUGUGUGU